GAAAGAAAGAGGUGAGAAAUGGAAAUAAACCAUUUCCUUUUCUCUCAUUUUGUUUCUCUAAAAAAAGCAGAGAAUUGGAUUUCUAGGGUUUCAUUUCUCAGCCUCACUCUCUCAUCACGUUCCAUUUCAUCACAGCCCUCCUUCUCGUUCCACCACCACCGCCCUCUCCCUCCCUCUCGGCCACCACCACCGCCCUCCCUUCUCUGCUCCGACGAUUUUUGGGAGAAUUUCAAGCAUUUUCCCCAAACUGCUCGAUCUUUGCUCGGAACCCUAAUCGCCCCAUCGUUCGUUUUUUGGGAGAAUUUCAAGCAUUUUCAGACAUGGCAGAUUCAAAUAUAGUGAGAGGAGUUACUAGGAGCAAGCAUACCUGGACAAAUGAUGAAGAUGCAAAGCUAAUUGAUGCAUUAAUGGAGAUACAUGCAUCCGGAAAGUAUGCUGGUGCUGACAAUGGAUUCAAACCAGGUUAUUUAAAUGGUGUUCAACAAUUGCUAGAUGUAAGUCUUCCUAACUCUGGCCUCAAAGCAGAACCACAUAUAAAGUCUAGGAUGAAGACAUGGAAGACACACUUUAGCAUUGUAUAUGAUAUGGUGCAUACAAGUGGGUUUGGUUGGGAUGAACAAAAAUGUUGUAUUAUUGCCGAUGAUAGUGUUUGGAAUGAAUACGUGAAGUCUCACAAAGGUGCUGUGAAUUUUCGUGACAAGGCAUUUCCUUUCUAUGACAAAUUGUGUACCAUAUUCGGUAAGGAUAUAGCUACUGGUAGUAAAGCAGUUGACCUUGGAGAAGAAGAUGUUGUUCAAGAGACGCAAAAAAGCUCACCUGUUGAUAUUGAAGACUUUGAUUUUUUUGAUGAAGCCGUUCCAAAUGUUGAUAGAUCUGAAGGACAAACAGGAAGUGUAACAAGCAAGCGCAAAAGAGGUAGAAGAAUGGAUGCAGAUGAGAUAUAUCGAGAGUCUUGCAAAGAUAUCAAGGAAGUUUUGCUUCGAUUUGGGGAGAUGGUGGGUGAACAACUUAGCAAAGAAGGUAUGGAGGCUCGUGAAAUCUAUGAAAAGGUUAGUGAUGAGUUGAAAGGUUUACCAGGUAUCACUACGAAAAAACGGCUCAAAGCAGCUCAUUUGAUUGGUAAAGAUGUGGAUCUAGGACGUUCUUUUCUUGCGUUGACAAUAGAAGAGAAAAUUGAGAUGGUCGAGUUGUAUACCGAUGGUUCAAUGGGAUAGUUGUGUAUGGUUGAAGUAAUUUUUUUUGUUUCACCGUGGUUGUUGAAGUACCUUUUUUGGUUUCAGCAUGGUUGAAGUACUUUUACUAGUAACUAUGGUUGAUGUUUUUUUGCUUAAAAACUAUGUUUUGUAUGUGAAUUGGUUUUAUCAAUGCAUAUUUUGGUU